CUUGACUGCCUCAAGGUCAGAAGAAAGAAAUAGUUGAAAUAGGUGACAGUAAGGAAACUUAUUUAGGGUCAAAGAAUCCUGAAGAGACUGCCCCUGUGUCACAUGGAGACAUUCACUGCCUAUAAAUUAUUGGUUGCUGCUUUACUUCCCAUGUCACAAGUAAUUUGGGAUCUGAAUUCUGAAGGAAAAGUUAGCUACAGGGAAUGACUGUUGAGGCUACACCUUAUGUAGCACCUGAUCAGGAUGAACAAAGCCUGUGUGAUAGAUACUUGGUGUUUCUGGGUUAGAACCAAAAGACUUUACUUCCUCUCUUGGAAGGAGUUUCUCGGGGUGACUUGUCUGGAAACAGAGGAGGGGUGUUUACAAGAGAUGGUUCGCAGUUCAGACUAAAGCCAAGAAAAAUUUGAGUGUGAUGGAAUAGGAAAACCAAACCAACAACCCCCAACCCCACCACACAAUCUGCUUGGCAAGUCCAAGUUUGUAGUUCCCUGCACAAGAAUGUGAGACUGGCAGGUAUCUCUUCCUGUUGUCUUUGCUGCCACUGAGCUGCCAAAUACUAGAUUCCAGGGUUUGCAUGAGCAAUUUCAUGUUCGCAUCGGCAUUUCUCCAACCCACUGCAUGGCAGGUAUUUGAAGAGGAGCCAGGCAGGUCACACUAGGAAGAAGCAGCUGAGAGUGCGUAUGAGGCACUGCAUAGAAAAAGAUAUUGUGUACAGUGUUUGCCCAGGGACUACACUGUUAAAACAGCACAACUAUGUGCAGUAAAUGGAAUCCCGCAGGCCUGGCUGCUUUUCUUCUCAGUCAGCUCUGCCCGCAGAGCAGGCAGCGCCAGGAAUUCGUUGUUACGCUUUCUGCCCUCAGUGACCUUUGCUGGGUGGUUGAGCUGUGCUGGGAUGUUUCAAACGUGUGUGUGCGCGCGCGCGUGCGCGCUUUUGGACAGAGAAGCAAGAACAGGUGUGCUGGGAUGUUUCAAACGUGUGUGUGUCUGUGUGUGCGUGCGUGCGCUGUUGGACAGAGAAGCAAGAACAGGUGUGCUGGGAUGUUUCAAGCAUUGUGUGUGUGUGUGUGUGUGUGUGUGUGUGUGUGUGUGCGUGUGUGCGCGCGCGCGCUGUUGGACAGAGAAUCAAGAACAGGUGCGUGCCUUGCUGUAAGGGAGCAGCGACCGCCAGAGGGCGCAAAGGUGCCUUUUGACGGAAUGGCACAGGGAGGGGGGCGUUAAAUUCAAAUCACAGCGAACAUGAGCUAGUCUCGGGAAUUAAAGGAUCAGAGCGUGCCUGAGCCUUUCACUGCGGGAAUGGGAGGCACUGAAGAUUCGGGGAAUGAAGAAGAUACGGAGGGACUGUCCUGCCUACCUUCCCGCAGCUGCCCCUCCUCCCCAGUCAGCUUCAGGCCAGAACGCCGCUCAUUUCAGGGGCUAAAAUGGGAGCUGCACGCGCGUUGCCUCAGUUUCCCGCUUGGCUCCUGGGGCUAUCUUGUGCCAACCUUCCCUGCUCGGAGUAUGAGGCACAGACCAGGGUAAUUCUCCAUGCUGGAUUGUCGGGGUCUGCGGAACUCACUGAGCCUUCCUUUUUCCUGCCCUCGGGUGAAGAUUCCCUGUGCCGCUGGCCAGCGCUGGCGCGUCCCGGGGUGCCCUGAGCUCCCGCAGGGCUUCUGCCGUCACUCUUGCUGCCACGCUCCGGUGGCCUCGCAGCCCCCGCCUCCCACAGAGCCCGCGGGCAGCUGUCGCUGCAACCUCUCCCUGCCACUGUAAAAUGCUGCUCUCCCUCUUCCUCCCAGGAAGGCCCCCUGGUUGGGCCGGGGACCCGGCAUCCCCAAGCUUGGAGCCAGUUGUUGGAGGCAGAGCCCUGGAGCUCUUACAAGUCAAGGAUUACUGGUGGUUCCGACUUCGGAUAGUCCCCAAAUUUCCCACCCUUCCUGGUCACCCUAUCCUACCCCGGAGGAAGGGGAGGGUACAGUGCAGGAUAGUUCUGGAGCCUACUCUACUCUUCCCCCCUCCCGCCACACCCUGGCUGGCUCUCGGGUUAUCACGACUUACCCCACCCCUCCCUGCGUCCUGACCUGGGAGAGGCCGGGGCGGGUUGGGGGGGUGGAAAUCCCACUGUCCGCUUGCUGGGGGCGCCCCCCAGCGGCGGACCCCGCACGCUCCGCCCGUGAGGACGGCGACCUCUCCACCCCCUCGAAUGCCCCGCCCCUCUGUCGCCCUUGGGUCCCCACCCCGCCACCGGCACACAAGCACGCAGACUUGGGCUGGAGCCGCUCUGGGUGUCAGCGGCUCGGUUCCCGCGCACGCUCCGCUCCCGCCAUCGCGCAGCCUCGGCACCUGCGGGUCCCUGUGUCCCGCAGCUGUCGCCUCUGACUCUGUCUGGGCCAGGGAGGGCCAUGAUUUCCCUGCCCAGGUCCCCGGUGAUCAACUUGCUGCUGUUUUUGUUCUUGGGGCUGAGUAUCCUCGCGCCCUCCUCGCGCGCCCAGCUGCAGCUGCACGUGCCCACCACCAAGUUGCAGGCGGUGGAGGGAGGGGAAGUGGUGCUUCCAGCGUGGUACACCUUGCAAGGGGAGGUGUCUUCAGCCCAGCUGAGGGAGAUGCCCUUUGUGAUGUGGUUCUUCCAACUGAAAGAAGAGAAUGAGGAACAGGUGUUGGCCUACAUCAAUGGGGCCACAACAAGCAAACGUGGAGUAUCCCUGGUCUACCCUAUGCCCUCCCGGAAUGUGUCCCUGCGGCUGGAGGGUCUCCAGGAGAAAGACUCUGGCCCCUACAGCUGUUCUGUGAAUGUGCAAGACAAAGAAGGCACCAGUAGGGGCCACAGCAUCAAAACGUUAGAACUCAAUGUAAUGGUUCCUCCAGCUCCUCCAUCCUGCCGCCUCCUGGGUGUGCCUCGUGUGGGGGCCAACAUGACCCUGAGCUGCCAGUCCCCGAGGAGUAAGCCCACUGCCCAUUACCAGUGGGAUCGGCAGCUCCCAUCCUUCCAGACUUUCUUUGCACCAGCGUUAGAUACCAUCCGUGGGUCUUUAAGCCUCACCAACCUUUCCUCUUCCAUGUCUGGAGUCUAUGUCUGCAAGGCCCACAAUGAGGUGGGCACUGCCCAGUGCAAUGUGACCCUGGAAGUGAGCACAGGGCCUGGAGCUGCGGUGGUUUCUGGAGCUUUUGUGGGUACUGUGGUUGGACUGGGGUUGCUGGCUGGGCUGGUCCUCUUGUACCAUCGACGGGGCAAGGCCCUGGAGGAGCCAGCCAAUGAUAUCAAGGAGGAUGCCAUUGCUCCCCGGACCCUGCCCUGGGCCAAGAGCUCAGACACAAUCUCCAGGAACGGGACCCUUUCCUCUGUCACCUCCGCACGAGCCCUCCGGCCACCUCACGGCCCUCCCAGGCCUGGUGCAUUGACCCCCACGCCCAGUCUCUCCAGCAGGGUCCUGCCCUCACCAAAACUGCCCAUGACAGAUGGGGGCCACCCUCAAGCAGUAUCCCCCAUCCCUGGUGGGGUUUCUUCCUCUGCCCUGGGCCGCAUGGGUGCUGUGCCGGUGAUGGUGCCCGCCCAGAGUCAAGCUGGGUCUCUGGUGUGAUGACCCAGCCAGUCAUUGGCUAAAGGAUUUGGGGUCUCUCCUUCCUAUAGGGGUCACCUCUAGCACAGAGGCCUGAGUCAUGGAAGAGUACUCACACUCCAGACCCUUAGUCCUCUAUCCCUACCUCUCUUUACUGUGGGAAAACCGUCUCAGUAAGACCCAAGUGUCUAGGAGAUUGCAGAAGAGGGAGAAGAAGUGGAUCUGGACUUGGGAGGAGCCUCCACUGCCCCCCCCCCCACCACUUCUCCCUGUGAAGCCAGAUGCUGAAAUCAGCUACUCACCAAGGGCCCUGGCAGAGACUGCCAGUCACCGAGUCUCCCAGGCCUCCUUGAUCUGUACCCCACCCCUAUCUAACACCACCCUUUGCUCCCACUCCAGCUCCCUGCGUUGAUAUAACCUGUCCAGCUGGCUUGACUAGGUUUUACCGGAACAGAGGCUAGGGAAUGUAUUUUUAAAACUAACAUGAAAUGUGUGCGUUUUCAUUUGCAAAUUUCAAUAAAGAUGCAUUGUGUUUGUAUGGGAUGAGAA